UCUCACGUGACGGGUCCCCCUCGCUCUGCGCCGAUUGCAAGUUUUGGGAGGAAAGGAGGAUGGAGGGAGAAGGAGAGCAGGAAGGAGAGGGAGAGGAAGAGUGGCUGAUGGAGUCCUUGAGACUGUACAAUGAUCUCCACCUGUUUGAGCUUCACGAUCCCACCAGAGUCAUUGAGUGGACGGGAGAAAAAAGCAUCUGUGUGGCAGGGUAUGAGAAUGGAAGGAGGAAUGAAAUCCUCCAGCUUCUCCUGCCUCAGAGGCUGUACGCAAAGGAGAACCAGGGCUUAUGUCCAGAAAGAGAUUUCAAGGUUGAACACGGUGGGUUUUCCGAUCACCCAGUGUACCAGCUGAAGCAUGUGCCAAAGACCAGCUUGCUGGUGACAAGUGGCCCAGCGGACGGCUUCCUGCAGGUGUGGCACAUGGGGCAGGAUGAAACAGAUGUUAUUAAGCCUCUGUACACUGUCCAUACCACGCGAGGAGAGGAGCACUGCUGGGCAAAGAUUGCAACCGCUUUCUCCAAAUCGGCGUGGGUCCUUCAUGGCCUGCGGGUCAGCGAUGUUCAGGUGACGGAGAUGGAAUCCCGGAGAACCGUCUUCAUGGCAGGCUCCACAAGCACUGACGAGGUUGCCACACUGGAGUUCCUGGAUGAAGCCGCCGUCCUGGCCUGCAGCACGAAGGGGCAGCUGUUCCUGGGCGACACCAGGCAGCCGCAGGGUCUCCUGUGGGUUGGCGAGGAUGCUCACGUCUCUGAGGUGCUGCCUGGGCAGAGCUGGUGUGCUGGAGUUUGCUGUGCCCCACUGCUGUCCUCGGGGGACAGGCGGCUGGUCGCCCGCCUCUCCUCCGCCGGUCGUGUCAUGCUGACGGACCUCAGAAACCCCAUGAGACCUGUGAAGAUGGCUCAGUGCUCUGUGCCCACGGGUGGCCUCUGUGGGGCAGGGUUCCUCUCUGUCUCCUUUGCCCCUUUGCUUGGGGAACACCUGGCCAUCUCAGGCUUCGAUGGAAUCGUGCGGGUCUACGACACACACAACUGGAGCCCGUCCGUGCAGGACGUCAACCCGGCCUUCGUCCACAAAGGGCACGUCUUCAGCGGGGUGGGCAAAGCUGGAGACGCAGCCCCGGUCACCACAAGCCACGCCUGGCACCCCUCCAAGCCCCGGACGUUGCUGUCGGCGGCGAGCGACGGGUCGCUGCACGUGUGGGACUGGUCCGAGCUCUGCGCGGCCAGCUAGCCCACGCGGCAUCGCUUCCCGGCUGCGGUUCUCUCUACACUGCACACUGGAGAAAUGUCACACACCCCCUGGAACUCUUUCAGUGGAAGCAAUUGGAUAUUUUGCAAAGGAGGGGUUUUUGUUGGGGGGAGGGAUUGCAUCUUUGUGGAGCUCACCCUGCACAGCAGUUCUUCCUAAUGCUUUGUCUCUUAACUUGAGAGAAGUCCAAACCCUUCAGUGCUCUGCGGCUGCAAACGUCUGCCAGUCGUGUCACAUAGGAACGCAGGACACAGUGUGGGCAAAAUGCAGGAAAUGAGGCUGGCUACAAAAUGGGGGAGGGGGUCUUUUUAGUGUUGCCCCCCCCCCGCCAAAAAAGAACCUGAUGCCUUCACAAUAACCUUUUUAAAAGGUGCUGUACCUGUGUCAUCGCUGAUUUUAUCCUGCGUUGCAUUUCGGUGUCCUGUUUUAUGUUUCUGGUUUUUACUUGUGACCCGCCCAGACAGGUGCGCCAACUUGAAUAUAAUAUUGGGGGAGCAGCAGGUAAGCCCUACUCCCCCUUAAUCGAUUGCACCCCAAUUUGGACGGCAAUACCCAGCCACUUUGGAAGGGCCUGGUCCUCUCAAAUUAUUUUAUGGGGGUGCGAAGACCCCCUCGGCCCCUAGAAGUUGGCUCCUAUGCACCCAGAGGACUUUUGUCAUCAGGUGGUGGCUGCCGGUAAAUAGAGGAGUUAAAUAAAUUGGUGGCAUCGUGCAGGGGAGAGAAUUAGGCUCUGAAGGUCUCAGCUGCUGACAUCAGCAAAGGGGAAAAGCCGUUUUUGGGCUGCCGCCCCUUCUGCCUCUUAAGUAUUGCUGCAGUGCAUUUGCGUGCCCCCCCCCCAAAAAAACCCCAACAGAUUGUAGGUACGGUCAAAGUUGUUCAGUAGAAGCCGUCUUUGCAUUCUGGCUUUCAGGGGUGGCGAAGAUCAACGUGAGGUUAGUGACCCUGCAGGAUGCAAAUUGGUGUCUCCGAGGGUCCUUGCUUGCCAGCUCCCUUGGGAUGCCACGUUCCAACAGUUUUAUGGGGUGCGUGCAAAAUGGUUUUAAAACUUUGUGCAAACCACACAGAGCCCUGUAAAAUGGGGUGUGGACCCCCUCGUCACUCUUUUAUUUUUGAAGACCUCCCUUAUCACUAGGUACCCAUUUUAUGGCUCUGUUUGUUCAUACAAGCCACACACACAACCCAAAGCAGCGAAUAAAACAAAAGACGAAUGCCCUGGCAAUUGGAAUGCUAUACUUAAGUCUAACAAUAAACGAGUUUUCCUAAACUGGAAGGUUUUGAUUUUCUUCCUGAAGCCUUUUGAAUGUGGCACCUUCUAGGGCUCAGCCCCAAGUGAGUGUUCACCAUUAGCAAAACAUGCAAAAAGUGGUUUCCCCUCGUUUUUUCAGUCAUUGAGGCAGGAAUAAACCACUCUCUACCUCCUUUAGAGCAGAACUUCAGCCUCGAGGAAGCUGGUCUGCCAAACUCGGUGAGGAGGGCGGAAACUUGAUGUGUUUGGCACGCUGGGCAGCCAGUGUAGGGUAGUGGUUAAGAGUGCUGGACAAGGACACGCGAGACACGGGUUCAAAUCCCAACGCAGCUAUUAAGUUCCCUGGGUUGAGCCAGCUGCUGCCUCAGCCUAAUCUACCUCGCAGGGUUGUUAUUAUUCUGAGGAUUAAAUGGGGAGCAGUAUUUACACCCCCGGACCUCUGGGGAGAAAAGGUGGGAGGGAUAUAAAUGCAAUAACAACAGGGGGCAACAGGAAAACUCAAAGGAGGGGAUGGGG